AAUCCCCCGAGGAGCGUUGUGGUGCUGCUGCCGAGGAGCUGGCUCUGAGACAGCCACCGGGAGGGACGCGCCAGCCCCAGCCCUCCUCUCCUCUCCUUUCCUCGCCUCUCCUCUCUCCCCGAGCUGCUGCCACACUUGGUUCAUUCCAGCUGCAGAAGCUCAGAGCCUUCCAUGCGCCGAGCCGAGGACUAUCCCAAUCGCCAAGGGGAAGGAAAAGGGGGGAAAACCCAGCGGCAAGAACCACCAACCCCCCAGCACGCCCCAUUCCUGCUGUCCUUUGACAUGCAACCUUCCUGGGGAUGGGAGCAGCCGGGAUGCAGCUGCGGCUUCGGGAGGCACUGGGGGAAACUGGGAAUCGUGGCUCUGAUGCCGGUGGAGGUGAGCGCCUGGAGCCGGGUGCUGCUGCUCUCCGUGGGGCUCCUGGCUGGAUCCGUGACGGCCCAGAACUGCAGCCACGUCCUGCAGGGCCCCAACGGGACGAUCCAGAGCCCGGGUUUUCCCUACGGAUACCCCAAUUAUGCAAACUGCACGUGGACAAUCAGUGCCGAGGAGCAGCACAGGAUACAGCUGGUUUUCCACUCCUUUGCCCUGGAGGAAGACUUUGAUGUGCUCUCCAUCUUCGAUGGGCUGCCCCAGCAGGGCACUCUGAGGACGAGGUUGACAGGGUUCCAGCUGCCUGCCCCCGUGGUCAGCUCGGGGGCUCUGCUGUCCCUGUGGCUCGUCAGCGACUACGCCGUGAGCGCCCAAGGCUUCCAGGCCACCUACGAGGCUCUGCCCAGCCACACGUGUGGGAAUCCAGGAAGGCUCCAGAACGGGAUCCAGCAAGGAACAACCUUCAGCAUCGGGGACAGAGUGAGGUACAGCUGCAAUCCAGGCUUUUUCUUGGAAGGCCAUGCCCUGCUGACGUGCCAGGCCAGCUCAGAGAACUCUGCCUCCUGGGACUUCCCUCUCCCUGUCUGCAGAGCUGAUGAUGCCUGUGGGGGGACCCUGCGGGGCCAGAGCGGGAUCAUCUCCAGCCCCCAUUUCCCUCUGGAAUACGGGAACAACGCCGACUGCACCUGGACUAUCCUGGCUGAGCCUGGGGACACCAUUGCUCUGGUUUUCAUGGAUUUCCAGCUGGAAGAUGGAUAUGAUGUUCUGGAAGUGGCUGGGACAGAGGGAUCCUCGCUCUGGUUCACUGGGAUGAAUUUACCUGCCCCUGUGAUCAGCAGCAAGAACUGGCUGAGGCUCCACUUCACCUCUGAUGGCAACCACAGGCAGAAGGGCUUCAGUGCCCAGUACCAAGUCAAAAAGCAAAUGGAGCUCAAGUCCAGGGGGGUGAAGCUCAUGCCCAGCAAGGACAACAACCAGAAGACAUCAGUGUUAACUCAGGUUGGUGUGUCCCAGGGACAUAAUAUGUGUCCAGACCCUGGGAUUCCAGAGAGAGGCAAAAGAAUAGGCAACGAUUUUAGGUUGGGCUCCAGCAUCCAGUUCUCCUGCAACGAGGGCUACGACCUGCAGGGCUCCAGGAGCAUCACCUGCAAGAGGGUGAGCGACCUCAUCGUGGCCUGGAGCGACCACAGGCCCGUCUGCAGAGCCAGGAUGUGUGACACGUACCUGAGGGGGCCCAGCGGGGUCAUCACGUCCCCCAACUACCCGGUGCAGUACGACAACAACGCCUACUGCGUGUGGGUCAUCACCGCCCUCAACCCCGCCAAGGUCAUCAAACUCACCUUCGAAGAAUUCGAGCUGGAGAGAGGCUACGACACCCUGACAGUGGGGGAUGGAGGCCAAGUGGGAGACCAGAAAACUGUGCUUUAUGUCCUGACGGGCACCACCGUCCCCGACCUCAUCGUCAGCACCCACCACCAGAUGUGGCUCCUCUUCCAGACAGACAGUGUCAGCAACCUGCUGGGCUUCAAAGCUACCUAUGAAGAGAUCGACCAGGGCAGCUGCGGCGAUCCCGGCAUCCCGGCCUACGGACGCAGAGAGGGCUCCACCUUCCGCCACGGGGACAGCCUGACCUUCGAGUGCCAGCCUGCCUUCGAGCUCAAGGGCCAGAGAACCAUAACCUGCCAAAAGAGCAGCCAGUGGUCUGCUCAGAAACCUGUGUGUGUGUUUUCCUGCUUUUUCAACUUCACCAGCCCGGCGGGGAUCGUGCUGUCCCCCAACUACCCCGAGGAGUACGGCAGCAGCCUGCACUGCGUGUGGCUCAUCAUUGCCAAGCCCGAGAGCAGGAUCCACCUGGCCUUCAAUGACUUUGAUGUGGAGCCCCAGUUCGAUUUCCUGGCCGUGAAGGACGGCGGCACCGCCGAGUCCCCGGUGCUGGGCACCUUCUCAGGGAACCAGAUCCCCUCCUCCCUGACCAGCAGCGGCCACGUGGCCAGGCUGGAGUUCCAGACCGACCACUCCAUGGAGAAGAGAGGCUUCAACAUCACCUUCACCACGUUCCGGCACAACGAGUGUCCCGACCCCGGCGUGCCGGUCAACGGGAAGCGUUUUGGGGACAGCCUCCAGCUGGGCAGCUCCGUGUCCUUCCUGUGUGACGAGGGUUUCAUCCGCACCCACGGCUCCGAGACCGUCACCUGCGUCCUGCAGGAGGGGAACGUGGUGUGGAACCACCCCGUGCUCAGGUGUGAAGCACCCUGUGGUGGCCACCUGACGUCGCCCAGCGGCACCAUCCUGUCCCCUGGCUGGCCUGGCUUCUACAAGGACUCGCUGAGCUGUGCCUGGGUCAUCGAGGCCCAGCCUGGCUACCCCAUCAAGAUCACCUUUGACAGGUUCAAGACGGAGGUGAACUACGACACGCUGGAAGUGCGGGACGGCCGCUCCUACUCCUCCCCCCUGAUCGGGGUCUACGACGGGACCCAGGUGCCCCAGUUCCUCAUCAGCACCAGCAACUACCUCUACCUCCUGUUCACCACUGACAAGAGCCACUCUGACAUCGGCUUUCAGAUCCGAUACGAAACUGUGAAGCUCCAGUCCGACCACUGCCUGGAUCCCGGGAUCCCGGUGAACGGGCAGCGCCACGGGAACGAUUUCUACGUGGGAGCCCUGGUGACCUUCAGCUGUGACUCAGGAUACACCCUGAGUGACAACGAGGCCCUGGAGUGUGAGCCAAACUUCCAGUGGAGCCGCCCCCUGCCCAGCUGUGAGGCUCUCUGUGGAGGUUACAUCCGUGGCUCCAGUGGCACCAUCCUGUCCCCAGGCUUCCCGGAUUUUUAUCCCAACAACUUGAACUGCACAUGGACGAUAGAAACAUCCCAUGGAAAAGGUGUGUUCUUCACCUUCCACACCUUCCACCUGGAGAAUGGGCACGACUACCUCCUCAUCACCGAGAACACCAGCUUUGCCCAGCCCCUGCAGCAGCUGACGGGCUCCCGGCUGCCGACCCCGCUCAGCGCGGGGCUCUUCGGCAACUUCUCCGCCCAAAUCCGCUUCAUCUCCGACUUCUCCAUGUCCUACGAGGGCUUCAACAUCACCUUCUCGGAGUACGACCUGGAGCCCUGUGACGAGCCAGAGGUGCCGGCCUACAGCAUCAGGAAGGGGCUGCAGUUCGGGGUGGGGGACGUGCUCACCUUCUCCUGCUUCCCGGGAUACCGGCUGGAAGGAGCCUCCCGGAUCACCUGCCUCGGGGGGAGGCGGCGGGUGUGGAGUUCGCCUCUGCCAAGGUGUGUUGCUGAAUGUGGCUCCUCUGUCACUGGAACCCAGGGUGUGCUGCUGUCCCCCAACUACCCCCUCAACUACAACAACAACCACGAGUGCAUCUACUCCAUCCAGACCCAGCCAGGGAAGGGGAUCCAGCUGAAAGCCAGGACCUUUGAGCUGGAGGCAGGAGAUGUCCUCAAGGUCUAUGAUGGCACCAACAGCUCUGCCCGGCUGCUGGGCACCUUCAGCCGCUCAGACAUGCUGGGCACCAGCAUCAACAGCACCUCCAGCUCCAUGUGGCUGGAGUUCAUCACCAACUCUGCCAACACCAGCAAAGGCUUUGAGCUGCAGUUUUCCAGUUUCGAGCUCAUCAAGUGUGAGGACCCCGGGGUGCCCCAGUUUGGGUACAAGGUGCACGACGAGGGACACUUUGCUGGCAGCUCCGUGUCCUUCAGCUGUGACCCCGGGUACACCCUGAGGGGCAGCAGGGUCCUGGGCUGCCUGACUGGGGAGAGGAGAGCGUGGGACCAGCCCCUGCCAACCUGUGUAGCUGAGUGUGGAGGGACCAUCAAAGGAGAGGCCUCGGGGCGGAUCCUGUCCCCGGGUUACCCGACCCCCUACGACCACAACCUCAACUGCAUCUGGAGCAUCGAGGCAGAGCCUGGCUGCACCAUAGGGCUCCAUUUCAUGGUUUUCCACACCGAGGAGUUCCACGACGUGCUGCGGAUCUGGGACGGGCCUGUGGAGAAGGGGAUCCUGCUGAGGGAGCUCAGCGGCUCGGGGCUCCCCGGGGACGUGCACAGCACCUUCAACUCCCUCAUCCUGCAGUUCAACACCGACUUCUUCACCAGCAAGCAGGGCUUUGCCAUCCAGUUCUCAGUUUCCACUGCCACGUCCUGCAACGACCCGGGAAUUCCCCAAAACGGGAGCCGGAGCGGGGACAGCAAGGAGGCAGGAGAUUCCAUCACCUUCCAGUGCAACCCGGGCUAUGCCCUGCAAGGGGAGGCCCAGAUCACCUGUGUGCAGGUGGAGAACAGGUUUUUCUGGCAGCCAGACCCUCCCUCCUGCACAGCUCCCUGUGGAGGGAUCCUGACGGGCCCCUCAGGGGUGAUCCUGUCCCCCCAGUACCCCGAGCCCUACCCCCCAGGCAAGGAGUGUGACUGGAAGCUCACGGUGUCUCCAGACUAUGUCAUUGCCCUGGUGUUCAACAUCUUCAGCCUGGAGCCUGGCUAUGAUUUCCUUCACAUCUACGACGGCCCUGACUCCCUGAGCCCCCUGAUUGGGAGCUUUUAUGGCUCCCAGCUCCCCGAGAGGAUCGAGAGCAGCAGCAACAGCCUGUUCCUGGCGUUCCGGAGCGACGCCUCCGUCAGCAACACCGGCUUUGUCAUCGAGUACACAGAAAACCCCCGGGAGUCGUGCUUCGACCCGGGCUCCAUCCGGAACGGCACCCGCGUGGGCUCCGACCUCAAGCUGGGAUCCACCAUCACCUACUACUGUGACGGGGGCUACGACAUCCAGGGGGUCUCCACCCUCACCUGCAUCAUGGGAGGGGAUGGAAAACCCACCUGGAACAAACCCCGCCCCACCUGCACAGCUCCCUGUGGGGGUCAGUACACGGGCUCCGACGGCGUCGUCCUGUCUCCGAAUUACCCCCAAAACUACACCACUGGCCAGGCCUGCCUGUACUUCAUCGUGGUGCCCAAGGACUAUGUGGUCUUCGGGCAGUUCGCCUUCUUCCAAACCGCGCUCAACGACGUCGUGGAGGUCCACGAUGGCCCCAACCAGCACUCCAGGCUCCUCAGCUCCCUCUCAGGCUCUCACACAGGUGAAUCCUUGCCCUUGGCUACCACCAACGAGAUCCUCAUCAAAUUUAGCUCCAAGGGUCAAUCCACAGCCAAAGGUUUUCAUUUUGUCUACCAAGCCGUGCCCAGGACCAGUGCCACCCAGUGCAGCUCCGUGCCCGAGCCGCGCCACGGGCGCCGCCUGGGCAGCGACUUCGCGGUGGGCGCCGUGGUGAGGUUCGAGUGCAGCCCCGGCUACGCCCUGCACGGCUCCCCCACCAUCGAGUGCCUCACCAUGCCCGGGGCCCUGGCACAGUGGAACGUGUCUGUGCCCACCUGCGUGGUGCCGUGCGGUGGGAAUUUGACGGAGCGCAAGGGAACCAUCCUGUCCCCGGGGUUCCCUGAGCCCUACCUGAACAGCCUCAACUGUGUGUGGAAGAUCACAGUCCCUGAAGGAGCAGGGAUCCAGAUCCAGGUGAUCAGUUUUGUCACUGAGCAGAACUGGGAUUCCCUGGAAGUGUUUGAUGGAGGGGAUAACACGGCCACCAUGCUGGGGAGUUUCUCUGGGACUACAGUGCCUGCGCUGCUCAACAGCACUUCAAACCAGCUCUUUCUGCAUUUCUACUCGGAUAUCAGUGUCUCUGCUGCCGGCUUCCACCUGGAAUACAAAACUGUGGGUCUGUCCAGCUGCCCAGAGCCCCCCGUUCCUGGGAACGGCCUGAAGAUCGGGGAGCGCUACUUGGUGAACGACGUCGUCUCCUUCCAGUGUGAACCGGGCUACGCCCUGCAGGGUCACUCCCACAUUUCCUGCAUGCCGGGCACCGUCCGCCGCUGGAAUUACCCUCCGCCGCUCUGCAUCGGUAGGGCUCGUGUCCUCUCUGCCUGCCACAUAUUUAUAACACUUUCCCAGAAAAAAAUACAAGCAGUGCCUUGUGGGGGGAAUGUCACCACCCAGAAUGGGACAGUUUACUCCCCUGGCUUCCCCAACCAGUACCCCAAUUCCCAGGACUGCACUUGGCUGCUCACGGUGCCCGUGGGAUAUGGGAUCCACCUCAACUUCACCCUGCUGCAGACAGAGCCCUACAACGACUUCAUCACUGUGUGGGAUGGAGCCCAGCAAACAGCCCCCCAGCUGGGGGUGUUCACUGGCAACUCUGCCAAGAAAUCAGCCCAGAGCUCCUCCAACCAGGUCCUGCUGAAGUUCCACAGCGACGCUGCCAACGGGGGCAUUUUUGCCAUUUAUUUCUAUGCUUACCAGCUGUCCCGGUGCCAACCUCCCACCAUGGUCCCCAACGCCGAGAUCAUCACUGAGAACGAGGAGUUCAACAUAGGUGACAUAGUGAGGUACAGGUGCCUGCCCGGCUUCACCUUGAUAGGAAAUGAAAUCCUGACCUGCAAACUCGGCACUCACCUGCAGUUUGAGGGGCCUCCUCCCACCUGUGAAGUUCACUGCCCCAUGAACCAGGUGAUGACAGACUCCACUGGUGUGAUCCUCAGCCAGAGCUUCCUGGGGAGUUACCCCCACUUCCAGACCUGCUCCUGGGUGGUGAAGGUCGAACCCGGGUACAACAUCUCCCUCACCAUCGAGUACUUCCUCAGUGAGAAGCAGUACGACGAGUUUGAGAUCUUUGAUGGACCCUCUGGCCAGAGUCCCCUGCUCCUGUCUCUGAGUGGGAACUACUCAGCCCCUCUGACCGUGAGCAGCAGCGGGAACAACGUCUUCCUCCGCUGGUCCUCGGAUCACGCCUACAACAGGAAAGGCUUCAAAAUCCGCUACUCUGCUCCUUACUGCAGCCUCCCCCAGCCUCCAGCCCACGGGAUGAUCCUGAGCCACACCGGGCUGAGCCCCGGCAGCUCCGUCCGCUUCGGCUGCGACUCCGGGUACCGGCUGGCCGGGCACAGCACCAGCACCUGCACCCAGCACCCCCAGGGCUACUUCCACUGGAGGGAGGCCACCCCUCUGUGCCAAGCUCUGUCCUGCGGAGUUCCCAGAGCCCCAAGGAACGGGGUUGUCUUUGGCAAGGAGUACACAGUGGGGACAAAGGCUGUGUACCACUGCAACCAGGGCUUCCAGCUGCAGCCAGGAGCAGAGCCCAGCACCGAGUGCCUGCAGUCGGGGCAGUGGAGCAACGGGAACCAGCCCCCCCAGUGUGUGGCUGUGGCCUGUCCCGACGUCGGCAGCAUCGCGGUGGAGCACGGCCGCUGGAGACUCACCUACGAGGUCCAGUACCACUACAACGCCCAGCUCAUGCUCAUCUGCGACCCUGGCUACUACUACACGGGCCAGAGGGUCAUCAGGUGCCAGGCCAAUGGCAAGUGGAGCAUAGGGGAGCCCAUGCCCACCUGUAAAAUUAUCUCCUGCGGGGACCUGCCGACGCCUCCCAACGGGAACAAGAUCGGGACCCUGACCAGCUAUGGGGCCACAGCCAUCUUCUCCUGCAACACUGGCUACACCCUGGUGGGCUCCCGGGUCAGGGAGUGCAUGGCCAACGGGCUUUGGAGCGGGGCAGAGGUCAGGUGCCUGGCCGGGCACUGCGGCGUCCCCAGCCCCAUUGUGAACGGGCAGAUCAACGGGGAGAACUACAACUACCGGGGCAGUGUGGUGUACCAGUGCAGCCCCGGGUUCCGCCUCAUCGGAAUGUCCGUGCGCAUCUGCCAGCAGGACCAUCGCUGGUCCGGCAAGACCCCUGUCUGUGUGCCCAUCACUUGUGGCCACCCUGGCAACCCUGCCAACGGCCUGACCCAGGGCACUCAGUUCAACCUCAACGACGUGGCCAAGUUCGUGUGCAACCCCGGCUUCCGCCUGGAGGGAGCAUCCCAAUCCCAGUGCCUGGCCAACGGCCAGUGGAGCAGCACCCUGCCCUCCUGCCGUGUUGUAAACUGUACUGACCCCGGGCACCUGGAAAACAGCGUCCGGCAAGUGCAGCCCAGCGGGCCCCACAGAUUCAGCUUUGGAACAACUGUGUCCUAUCAGUGCAGCCAUGGAUAUUACCUGUUGGGGACACACGUCCUCACCUGUCAGGGGGAUGGCACUUGGGACCGUGCCCUCCCACAGUGUCUUUUGGUGUCCUGUGGCCACCCCGGGUCCCCUCCCCACGCCCAGAUCUCGGGGGACAAGCACACCGUGGGCUCCGUGGUGAGGUACAGCUGCCUCGGGAAGCGGACGCUGGUCGGGAAUUCCACGCGGAUGUGCCAGCUGGACGGGCGCUGGAGCGGGGCCCUGCCCCACUGCUCAGGGGACAGCCAGGGCGUGUGUGGUGACCCAGGGAUCCCCUCCCAUGGCAUCGGGCUGGGGGACACCUUCGACGUGGGCAGCGUGGUGCGGUUCAGCUGCGAGCCCGGCUACACCCUGCGUGGCUCCUCCGACAGGACCUGCCAGGCCAACGGCUCCUGGAGCGGCACCCAGCCCGAGUGUGAAGUGAUAUCCUGUGGGAACCCAGGGACCCCCAGCAAUGCCAGGGUCAUCUUCAACGACGGCCUGGUCUUCUCCAGUUCCAUCAUUUACCAGUGCAGGGAGGGCUAUUACUCCACAGGGGUGCUGAGCAGGCACUGCACCGUGAACGGGACGUGGACUGGGACCAGUCCGGAGUGCACAGUGAUCAACUGUGGUGACCCCGGUGUGCCGGCCAACGGCGUCCGCCUGGGCUCCGACUUCACCUACAACCAGUCCGUGGUGUUCCAGUGCACCCCCGGCUACAUGAUGGAGUCAGACAGGGCCUCCUCCCUCACCUGCACCAAGGACCGCACCUGGAAUGGCACCAAACCCGCCUGCAAGGCCAUCACCUGCAGGGCCCCCCAGGCCAUUCCCAACGGGAAGGUGGUGGGCUCGGAUUUCAGCUGGGGGUCCAGUGUGAGCUAUGCCUGCCUGGAGGGGUACCAGCUGUCCCUGCCUGCCGUGCUGACCUGCGAGGGCAACGGCACCUGGAGCGGGGACGUCCCCCAGUGCUUCCCCGUGUUCUGUGGUGACCCAGGGACCCCAGCCCAGGGCAGGAGGGAGGACAGAGGCUUCACCUAUCGCUCCUCCGUGUCCUUCUCCUGCCUGGCCCCGCUCGUGCUGGUGGGCUCAGCCCGGAGGUUCUGCCAGUCUGACGGGACGUGGAGUGGGACCCAGCCCAGCUGCAUAGACCCCAGCCUCACCACGUGUGCGGACCCCGGCGUGCCUCUCUUUGGGAUGCAGAACAAUUCCCAGGGAUACCAGGUGGGAAGCAUCAUCUUUUUCAAGUGCCAGAAGGGAUACCUGCUGCAGGGCUCCACCACCAGGACCUGCCUCCCCAACCUGACCUGGAGCGGUGUCCAGCCCGACUGUGUCCCUCACCACUGCAAGCAGCCAGAGACACCUUCCCAUGCCAACGUGGGAGCUCUGGAUUUGCCAUCCCUGGGCUACACCUUGAUCUACUCCUGCCAGAGCGGGUUCUACCUCACCGGAGGCUCCGAGCACAGGACCUGCAAAGCCGACGGCAGCUGGACAGGGAAACCCCCCAUCUGCCUGGCUGAUGUCCGUCCCAGCGGGAGGCCCGUGGGCACCGCGCGGGACCCGCCGCUCGCCAAACUCUCAGUGCCUGCGGAUGUGUUCGCCAGGAAUUCCCUGUGGAAAGGCUCCUACGAGUACCUGGGGAAGAAGCAGCCUGCCAUGCUGUCUGUCACCAGCUUCGACCCUGCCACCAGUAAAGUCAAUGCCACCCUGAUAGACCACAGUGGUGUGGAGCUCCAGGUGUCUGGCAUUUACAAGAAGGAAGAUGUUCACCUGCUCCUCCAGGUUUACCAGGUCAUGGGGCCAGUGGAGAUCUUCGUCAACAAGUUCAAGAACGAUAAAUGGGCUCUGGAUGGACACGUCUCGUCGGAGUCUUCGAGCGGCACCUUCGUGUACCAGGGCUUCGUGAGGGGCAAAGGCUUCGGGCAGUUUGGCCUCCAGAGACUUGACCUCAGCAUGAUGGAAACGGAUCCUGAAUCCAUAGGACACCACUUUGCAUCCAACAGCAGCUCCGUGGCAGCCGCCAUCCUCGUGCCUUUCAUCGCCCUGAUUAUUGCAGGGUUUGUGCUUUAUCUCUACAAACACAGGAGAAGACCAAAAGUCCCUUUCAAUGGCUAUGCUGGCCACGAGAACACCAACGUGAGGGCCACCUUCGAGAACCCCAUGUACGACCGGAACCUGCAGCCCACGGACAUCAUGGCCAGCGAGGCCGAGUUCACAGUGAGCACGGUGUGCACGGCAGUAUAGCACCCACCCCCCCGUGAUCGCUCCGGGGUCGGCGUCUGGUGGAUGAUUGUGUUUCACCUCACUGGUCUCCAUCCAUCCAUCCCCUGCCCGUCUCCCUCCUCCCAACCUUUUGCUGAGGCUGUGGAGAGGCUGCUGCACCUCGUUGGACUUUGUGGGACCUCCUGAGGCACCGCUGGGUUUGUCCUCUGUCGUCCUUCCCUUCCCGGGUCCGUCCUCUCUCCGUCCCGCCCGUGGAUCACAAGCCAACCAAAGGUCUGCUCCUGCUCAGCUUCUGCCCUCCCACCCUGCCAGGGGGGCUCAGCCCAACUUCCCUGGGGAAGGAGAGCACCUGGGAAAGCUUUUCCAACCUGCUCCUGGUGGUGUGUUCCUGGAG